CAAGUCCAGGAAGUGACGUUAUCUUCGCGCAUGCGUGCACAGAUCGGGUGGAAAAGCGAGAUGGCGUCUGAUGGAGAAGUCCUCAAGUGGGCCUUUUUAAUUCUGUACUUUUGACCGCAGAGUACGAGGGGGAACUUUGUCCAACAGAAGAGGAGAAGGAGCGACAACAUCAACUACUGGACGCUGUUUUCAAGAAACAUCAAGUUGUGUUACACAGAACAGACGUCUGUGAAGAACAUCUACUACCUGAGCAAAAGGAGUAGAACUUCAGGAUGCAGCAGGAGGAGCCACAGCCCUCUUACUUCAAAGAGGACGACAAGGACCCACUGACCCCCCACUUUAAAGAGGAGAAGGAGGAACACGGCAUCAGUCAGGGGGGAGAGCAGCUUGACUGGUUGGUGGAGUUCCCAGUGAUUCGGGUUAUUGUGAAGGGUGAAGAUGAUGAGGUCAAAGGUGAAAGUGAGAAGAAGAGAGAGGCGGAGCCUCCGAGCAGCAGCUCAACACAACACAUGACAACAGAAGCUGAUGGAGACCACUGUGGAGGAUCACAAGCAGACAAGCUCUUAGCUCCACUAUCAGAUAGUGAGGACACAACGUCACACUCUCCUGACACUGAUGAUGAAGACUCUGAUGAUGAUAAGACAUGUCGCAGUGACAACGCACGCUUUAAAUGCACUCACUGUGACAAAACCUUUAAAUACCAUUGUCAUCUGAAAACACACAUGAGAAGACACACUGGAGAAAACCCUUUUAGCUGUUCAAAGUGUGGUAAAGGUUUUGCACGAAAAGAUGUGUUGAAAGAACACGCGAGAACGCACACUGGAGAAAAACCCUUUGCCUGUCCAACGUGUGGUAAAGGUUUUGUAGCAAGUCAAAAUUUAAAAGUACACAUGAGAACGCACACUGGAGAAAAACCCUUUAGCUGUCCAAUGUGUGGUAAAUGUUUUUUAACGAGUCAAAAUUUGAAAGUACACACAAGAACGCACACUGGAGAAAAACCUUUUUCUUGUUCAGUCUGCGGUAAGGAUUUCAAUCUAAGCGAAUCUUUGAAAGUACACAUGAGAAUACACACUGGAGAAAAACCUUUUACCUGUUCAAUCUGCGGUAAAGGUUUUAUCGAAAAGAAAAGCAUGAUGAAGCACACAAGAACACACACUGGAGAGAGACCUUUCACCUGCUCGGUAUGCGGUAAAGGCUUUGCACAGUCUCAGUAUUUGAAAAGACACACAACAUUACACACCGGAGAAAAACCGUUGCCCUGCUCAGUAUGUGGUAAAGGUUUUGCAUUAAGUCAACAUUUGAAAUUACACAUGAGAGUGCACACCGGAGAAAAGCCUUUUGUCUGUUCAAUCUGCGGUAAAGGCUUCGUUCGGAGGAACAAUUUGAAAGUACACAUGAGAACGCACACCGGCGAAAAACCUUUCUCCUGUUCAAUCUGCGACAGAAGCUUUUGCGACCGAUCAUACUUUGUGGCACACAUGAGAACACACACUAGAGAGAAAGUGUUGCGAUGCAGCGUGUGUGGUGAAAGGUUCUCCUAUCAGUACCAGUGUGAUAAACACAAGUGUGCUGGGGAGAACAGCAGCAGCCAAUAAAGUUGUAGGACUUAAAAGAAAAA